CCAAUCGGAGCGCGCGGCGGCGGCGGCAGCGCGCUCCCCGCCCCCGUUCGGUUUCCGCCGCGCGCCGCUUUUGCCGCGAAAAAGUUGGGAGCGGGUUCCGGCGGGGAGAGAGCGGAGCAGCUGCCGCGAUGUCCGGCUUCGACGACCCCGGUAUUUACUACAGCGAUAGUUUUGGGGGAGACGCGUCCGUGGACGAGGGGCAGGUUCGGAAGUCGCAGCUGCAGAAGCGGUUCAAGGAGUUCCUUCGGCAGUACCGGGUGGGCACGGACCGGACGGGCUUCACUUUCAAAUACAGGGAUGAGCUCAAGCGGCAUUACAACCUGGGGCAGUACUGGGUGGAGGUGGAGAUGGAAGACUUGGCCAGCUUUGAUGAAGAUCUCGCAGACUAUUUGUACAAGCAGCCAACAGAGCACCUGCAGCUGUUGGAAGAAGCAGCAAAAGAAGUGGCAGAUGAGGUCACUCGUCCUCGUCCCUCAGGGGAGGAGACUCUCCAAGACAUCCAAGUGAUGCUGAGGUCGGAUGCCAAUGCAGCCAACAUCCGCAGCCUGAAGUCUGACCAGAUGUCCCACCUUGUGAAGAUCCCUGGGAUUGUAAUUGCAGCAACCCCCGUGAGAGCCAAGGCCACCAGAAUCACCAUCCAGUGCCGCAGCUGCCGCAACACCAUCAGCAACAUCGCGGUGCGCCCGGGCCUGGAGGGCUACGCUCUGCCCAGGAAGUGCAACACAGAACAAGCUGGCCGCCCAAGGUGCCCUCUGGACCCUUAUUUUAUCAUGCCAGAUAAGUGCAAGUGCGUGGAUUUCCAGGUUCUGAAACUGCAGGAGUCUCCAGAUGCCGUGCCCCACGGGGAGAUGCCCCGGCACUUGCAGCUCUACUGUGACAGGUACCUGUGUGACAAAGUUGUCCCAGGGAACAGAGUCACUAUCAUGGGGAUCUACUCCAUCAAGAAAUCUUCACAGAGCAAGAACAAAAGCCAUUACAACGUAGGGGUGGGCAUCCGGAGCGCUUACAUCCGUGUGGUGGGCAUCCAGGUGGACACGGAGGGCUCAGGACAUAGCUUCAGUGGCUCGGUGACCCCUCAAGAAGAGGAGGAACUUCGUCGUCUUGCUGCCAUGCCCAACAUCUACGAGACCAUUGCUAAGAGCAUCGCGCCCUCCAUCUACGGCAGCACUGACAUCAAGAAGGCCAUUGCCUGCCUCUUGUUUGGAGGCUCCCGCAAGAGGCUCCCGGAUGGCCUGACCCGCAGAGGGGACAUCAACUUGCUGAUGCUGGGGGACCCUGGCACGGCCAAAUCGCAGCUGCUGAAGUUUGUUGAGAAGUGUUCGCCCAUUGGGGUGUACACCUCAGGAAAAGGCAGCAGCGCUGCUGGCUUGACAGCCUCGGUGAUCCGUGACCCUGUCUCCAGGAAUUUCUUCAUGGAAGGAGGAGCCAUGGUGCUGGCAGACGGAGGAGUGGUGUGCAUUGAUGAGUUCGACAAGAUGCGGGAGGAUGACCGCGUGGCCAUCCAUGAGGCGAUGGAGCAGCAGACCAUCUCCAUUGCCAAGGCAGGAAUCACAACCACACUCAACUCCCGCUGCUCGGUUCUGGCGGCUGCCAACUCCGUCUUUGGGCGCUGGGAUGAUACCAAGGGCGAGGAGAACAUUGAUUUUAUGCCCACCAUCCUGUCCCGAUUUGACAUGAUCUUCAUCGUUAAGGAUGAGCACAAUGAGGAGCGAGACAUGACACUGGCCAAGCACGUGAUGGGCUUACACGUGAGUGCCUUGACGCAGACCCAGGCCGUGGAGGGCGAGAUCGAGCUGAACAAGCUGAAGAAGUUCAUCUCCUUCUGUCGGACGAAGUGUGGCCCUCGGCUGUCGGCAGGGGCGGCGGAGAAGCUGAAGAACCGCUACAUCCUGAUGCGCAGCGGCACCCGCCAGCACGAGCAGGAGAGCGACCGCCGCUCCAGCAUCCCCAUCACUGUCCGGCAGCUGGAGGCCAUUGUGCGCAUUGCCGAGUCCUUGGCGAAGAUGAGGCUUCAGCCCUUUGCCACCGAGACAGAUGUUGAGGAGGCCCUGCGGCUCUUCCACGUGUCCACGCUCGAUGCGGCCAUGUCGGGCAACCUGUCAGGGGCAGAAGGCUUCACAACACAGGAGGACCAAGAGAUGCUGUCCCGCAUUGAGAAGCAGCUCAAGCGCCGCUUCGCCAUCGGCUCCCAGGUGUCCGAGCACAGCAUCGUCCAGGACUUCAUGCGCCAGAAGUACCCAGAACACGCCAUCUACAAGGUGCUGCAGCUGAUGAUGCGGCGGGGGGAGAUCCAGCACCGCAUGCAGCGCAAGGUCCUGUACCGCAUCAAGUGACCUCCCUGUCCCAGGCUCCAGGAGAGAACUGCUGCUGCUGACGCCUGCCCAGGAGAGGCAGAGUGCCCCUGGGAGCUGGGGCCUGCUCCUGAAAGAAGCUUUUCCUUGGGGAGCUAAAAAGCCCCGGGCCUUCAUCUUGACCCAGAGUUUGUGGUGGUCUGGGCGUCCCUUGUGUGCUCUGUUGCUGUGUCAUGUCCAUGUUUCUUUGAGCUCUGAAAGCUUUUAGUUUGUAUUAAAAUAAACCCUGAUAUUGGUA